CGGGGCUAGCGCGUGACCCGCGCGUUUAUUCGAUUCUCUCGUUGCGCGCCCUCCAUUUCGCAAACAAUCGCGCUCGUGGGCACAAGGCCAGGCAGACCUCUCCCUGUUGCACUCCUGAUCAUUGCCAAUUGCUAUUGCGAAUAUCAUCUGACUGUCGCGGCAUCACCCUCUUCAAAAUUGCGCGUUUCUUUGCCAGUCUGCGAGGCCUAGCCGCGCCCUUCGGAGCCAGAGCAAUGCCUCCUCAAGUUGAGGAUGUCUCCGAUGAGGAAUCGACUGGAAGCUCUAUCCCAUUCGAGGACCCCAAGCGCAAGGACAUUGGAGGCAACAACGAUGACGAUGAUAACGAUGACAAGGACGAGGACGAGGACGAGGACGAGGAUGAGCAGGAUGAGGACGUAUACGUCGUUGAGAAGAUUCUAGGGCACGAAUUUGCGAAGAAUGGCAAGCUUUUACUCCAUGUGAAAUGGAAGGGAUAUGACAAUCCAGAAGAUGAGACAAUGGAACCGGAGGAUAAUUUAUUGGAGGGCGCAAAAGAUUUACUCGAUGAAUAUUACCGUCUUCAAGGAGGUCGACCUGAACCACCAGCACCCAAAAAGCGAAAGUCUAUCGGAGAUGCGAAAGCUACACCGCAAAAGACGGAGCAAAAGCGACGCAGGAAGUCACGAGCGUCCGAAGAGUCUAAACCCGCUGACGGCAAGGAACAAGAUGUACCGGACUGGGUACCGAAGACCAAGAGCUGGGAAAAUGAGGUUGUGACAGUCGAUACGAUUUUGCGUGAGCCCGAAACCGGGAUGCUUUUUGCAUACUUGCACUGGAAGAAUGGGAAGAAGUCUAAGGUAUCCAUUGAAACAUGCUAUGAGAAGUGUCCAUUGAAGAUGCUCAAAUUCUAUGAGCAGCAUCUUGUUUUCAAAGACGGUUGAGCUCGUGAUAUGCUUUUUUCAGAACCCGUCUUUCGAACAUUUUUAGUUCGUUCAGCUAAAGGAAUCGUAGCGCAGAAAUACGGCCUUUACGCUAGUUCAGAUU